AUGUCAGAUGCUGCUAUGAACGUUACUAGUAGCCCUAGUAUUUGGAAUACGUUAUACGAAAGGACGAAGACAAACCUAGCGGAAACUAUUGGUGAUUUGGACGUUAAGAAGGGAUUGAGAUUAGUGAUAAUUGUUGGUGGUUAUAUCCUCAUCAGAGGUAUUGCACAGAGAGAAUUGGCAAAAAGAAAGUUGGAUAAUGACGUGCGUAGGAGCGAGCAAGAGAAUGCUGCUAAGAUGCAAGAGAAGUUGGUCGAUCAACCUGGUAGUACAGCUGCGAUGCCGUUCGGUUGGGGCAAUAAGACAAGAAGAAGAAGAAAGCAACAGGAAGAAGCAUUCGCUGAUAUUGUUGAACGUGUUAAUCAGAAGAAAAAUAGCGGCGAUGAUGUUGAAGACAUCGAAGAUUUACUAGAGGAUUGA